AUGGCAUCAACCAGCGGUGAGGGGGAUGUGCAGGGGCAUAACUUAGUGGUGAAAACAGGGCGUAAUCCAAGUGAAUGGAAGAAAAACACAGCAAAACGGAAGCGUAACAUUAAUAUUAAUGCAUUCGAGAUCACGGUGUACCUCGCCAAGAGGGACUACAUCGAUCACGCCACACACGUCGAUCCCAUCGAGGGCGUGCUCUCGCUCGACCCGAAUUACGUGCAGAGCCGCAACGUGUACGUGCAGAUCGUGUUGCAAUUCCGAUUCGGCCGCGAAGACGACGAGUCGAUGGGCUACAGCUUUCUGAAGACGCUGUACAUCGGCAACACUCGGGUGUACCCGCCCGUGUCCGAGAUUACGCCCACGGAGAUCCAGAGGAACCUCAUGGCUAAGCUCGGCAACUUCGCCUUCGCCUUCAGUAUCGACUUCCCGACGCUCGCCUCGCCCUCCUACACCCUGCAGCAGGGCUGGGAAGACAUGGGCGCGCUCAUGGGCAUUGAGUACGAGCUCAUGGCCUACGUGGGCGCCAACGAGAGCGACAUCCACAAGAGGAGCACCUCUCGCCUCGCGGUGCGCCGCCUCGUGGAGUGCCCCAAGGCCCUGUACCAGAUGGCUCCCCCCCGCAGCAGCCUCUCCAAGACCUUUUUCACGUGCUCUGGCGCCCUCUGCAUCCGGGCCGGCCUGCCCGCCCCCGUGUUCCGCCCGGACGACGAGGUCCCCGUCAGCAUCGUCAUCAGGAACCAGACGUCGCGAGAGGUGAAGAGGGUCAAGAGCAUAACCUCAGUUCGCCCGCACGCCCGUGAGAGCGAAACUAACUCGCCGGUUGCGUUGCAGGUGAAGCUGGUUCAGCAGGCGCAGGUGCCGAUGUUCAGCCUGAAGGAGGUGAAGGAGCAAACCCUCAUCAAGACAGACGAGCCGAUCGCCUUGGCUCCCGGGGCAUCGCUCGAGCGGACCUUCACGCUCAUGGUCACGGCGCCCGCCAGGCAGAAGCACGGCGAAGUGUUCCUGCAGACGAAGAAAACAGCCGAAGACCCUGACGUCCUGGCCCCCUCCACCAUCCUCAACCCAAGCGUGGACAUCGCCGACAUCUUCGGCAUCCACGUCAACUACGUCGUCAGAGUGAAGGCCGUCUUUGGGGCACUCACGGGCGACGCCGUCCUCGACCUGCCUUUCACGCUGGCCAUCGAGCGCUAA